AUGUUGACGAAUUUUCUGUUACCACACGAGAUGUUACACCACAUGGUUCAGCCUAGUACCGUACAUGAAUGGUGUACUUUUGCCCCCGAGGUCAGCCCACUAAACGAUGUACUGAAAGAGUGGGGCGAAACGCCCAAGCCACCUCGGGAUGCGACGACCGAGCUGUUUGCAAGUUUGGGGCUUUGGGGUGAUGGCGCCCCGUACUCGAAGCGAGACAGCGUCUAUCUUCUCACGUACGUAUGCCAGUGCGGCUGCUACGGCCGUCACACUUUCGAAGAGGCGUGGCGAGUGAUGGGGUGGGGCCUCCGCGCACUGGCAGAUGGGCAUUUUCCACGCGUGCGCCACGACCAGACACCGUAUAACAAGAGCUCGGGCGUUGGCGACAGGGAUCGAAUACACCAGGCGGGCUGCGUUUUGAAUUGCAAGGCCGCGUGCAUUCAGAUAAAGGGGGACUGGGCCUGGCACAAACAAGCUUUUGGAUUAUCGGGGUGGAAAGGGGAAGGGGGGCACGGCCACGUAUGCUGGCGAUGCCCUGCCAAUGACAAGGCCGACUUUGAUUUCCGCAGGGCUGACCGCCAUGCCCCUUGGAGAGGGCGCGAAUAUGAUGUUGAUAAGGCCCUCUUCAUGUGCAAGCUUCACAGUGGGUUCAGGAGUGAGAUCUUCAAUUUCCCAGGCAUGCGGAUCAAGUGCAUACUAAUAGAUUUGGUGCACGUUGUGUGUCUAGGGAUUCUCCAACAUCUCCUCGGCAAUUGCUUCUGGGAGUUGCAUUGCAGCUUGGGCGGUAACAUGUCGCCUGAUUCAGCAGGGUCAAAAGGGGCUGUGAGCGUUUUGAGAUCACAGAUACGUUUGGGUUCAAAGUUUUUGGGCAUCGACUGCCCCGUGCACGCACUAACACUUCCCAUGUUCAGGGCGAGUGGCAAAGGUCCGAAGAUGAAGACGAAGGCAGGUGAGGGGAGACACUUGUUGAACGUAUUGCUACACAUGCUUAUCACAUUCUACGAUCAGACUUCAGAACACAACGCCCUUCGUUUGAACUGCGUGCGCAGCCUUGCCGCAAUAUAUGACCAGCUCGCCGUGUGGGAUUUUGAUACGUCCUACAUUAAGUGCGCAGUGCGGGCGGCCAAGCAUGUGCUACUGUAUGCUGAGUUGUGGAGGGAAGCGGCAGAAUUGGAUGAGUCCACGCUCCUGUGGAAAAUGAUUCCAAAACAUCAUUUAUUUAUCCACUUAAUGGAACGCGAUCGUGGGAAUCCAAAGGAGGGGUGGAAUUACGGUGACGAAUCAGAGUUUGGCGUGGCAGUCGAUCUGUGCACGACGCUGCAUUGCAGGACCAUCGCGACGGAAGCGGUGCGAAAGUACAGGGCAACUACUGUUGAGCGCUGA